AUGUCGGUGGCAAUUUGUUCAGCUGGAACCGGAGGAUUAGGGGAAACGAUUGAUCUGGGGGAAGCUCCGGAGCCUGACCUGGGAUACGGGCGGGUGGGAUUUCUCGAAGCAUCGAUGUAUGCGCAAGAGGGGGAAGACGACGGCGACGAAGACGAAGAGGAGGAUGAGGAGACGAUGUCCGACUAUGAAGAAGAUGAAGACGAGGAGUCUCCUGCGUACGGAGCGAUCCCGGGGGUGAGGAUCAUGGCGUCUAGCGAACGCAGGAGCCCUAGUCCGACUGCCGUACCUCUGCGGAGCUGUUUGAAGAAACAGAAAGCCGAGGUGCUCUUGGUAGCGAGAGCGGAAGACGAUGCUGAGGUUGCGGUCGAGCUGGAUCUGGAGGUCGAAGUCGAGGUGGAGAUCGAAGAGUAUAUGAUGGCGGGACUGUUGAGCGGGACGGAACGCAAACAACCGCAAGAGGUGGAGGAGAUGGAUGAGGUGGAUUGGCAGUGGAGGACGUUGCCUUUCCUUCUACCUACACGGGGCCGAUCGGAUUGGUCCCCGUUUGUGCAUCAACACUUGGCCGACGGAGACUGCGUCGAGUCGUGUGAUCCGCUCGCCGAGCUCAGCGGGUUCUUGAGAAAUGCAUUGUUCGAUCAUGGCCGAGGACGGGAUCGGAGGAGCAGGAAGUUCUGUCCGACAAAGGUCCGAUCGGGAUCAUCCACUCCGUCCUCACCUAGAUCCUUGAGCGGGCUUCUCACCCCGCCAUUGGAUGAUCACGAUGGGAAGAUCCAAUUUUACGCGGGAGAGUACGGUUUCGGGCACAAAACGGUCGACCUCUUGACGCCCACGGAUUCGGAGAGGUCGUCGGUUCUAGGGCAUGUGCAGGCCGUCGGUCUGAGCAAGAGGGUCAGGUUCCCGGGAUGCCCUGAGGCUACCGGCGAGGUCGCUCUUUGCUCUCUUUACCCUACCUGGUCUCGAACCGAGUAUGAUCGUUCUCCGCUCGAACCCCCCAGCGAAGAGGAAAAGGCUUGCAAAAUGCCCGAGCGGGGCAGUCGAUGCCUCUCGAAUCCAGAAGAGGAGAUGUCUGCCUACGCCGGUCGCCUCGCAAGCGAGUCCUUCCGCAUGGGUACCAUCUUCGAAUCCGAGGACGACUACGACCUGGUCAUCCUCCGCGAGACUGAAAUCCGCACGAAACCAGUGCCAACCAAUCGAGCAUGGGGAAGUUGGUGCUCGAACGACUCGUACGGUGGAGGAAGCGCUUGCGACGAGUUUGGGCUGGAGGGCAACUCGGGUACAUGGGGUCAAGAACAGCAGGAAAUGUACGAUUCGUGGCAGGCUGAAGGCGAACUCGGGUCAUCACUGUUCUCCGGCGAGAUGACAGGGUACUUUGGUGGCGCCACACCUACCGACAGCGAUCGGUCGAGUGACGAGGAAGAGUCUAGUAGCAAGCACAUCGGAUGUGAGGAUGACGACGACGACGAUUGUUGGGAAGCUUGGUUGGACGCGAGGAAUUCGAACAAGGCGACUGCCUUGAAAGAGGCCGAGGCCGCUGUACUGCCCAAGGUGGAGCUUGAGGAUCCCAAGGUAUCGGAUACCGAGGCUCAAGUCGUUGUCAUCGCCAUGGGUUCGACGGCUACUGCUGUCUCAGCAGCAUCUACGCCAUGUGCUCAGAUCCCUAGCAUUACCUCAACGAGCACUCCGGCUCUCUUACCAACCCCCGACUAUGGCAAACUGCACGACAGCGUGUAUGACCCUGCCGAAGACAGCUUCAUCCUCCUCGACGCUUUGGAAGCCGACGCCGCUGAACUUCGGGCGAGAAAGCCAACGAUCUGCCUGGAAAUCGGCUCCGGAUCAGGCAUCGCUUCUACGUUCCUCUCAACUAUUGUCGAGCCCUCUUCUGCCUUGUUCCUCUCCACCGACAUCAAUCCGUACGCAUGCCUGGCGACGCUCGCUACCUCGAAUCUGAACCAGGCCUCCCUGAACCCCAUCAACACUAAUCUCGUAUCGCCCAUUCUCGAACGCAUCGAGGCUGCAGGUGGCGCCGACGUAUUUGUAUUCAACCCGCCAUACGUACCAACAGAAGAGGACGAGUUGACCAAGACGCAACUCGAGGCAGAAAUCGGAGCUACGUGGGCAGGCGGAGCCGACGGCAUGGUCGUCACCAACAUCGUUCUUGACCUGCUGCCGCGCAUCCUCAACCCGAAUGGCGGCACAUUAUAUCUCGUCGCCGUAAGCGCCAACCAACCCAAACAGAUUAUCGCCACAAUGGCUGAACGUGGAUUCGACGGCGAGAUCGUACUCAAACGCCGCGCUGGCAUUGAGUUACUGCACGUCCUGAAAUUGACAAGAAGAUGA